UUCUAUUCGUUACUGUAUGUUUUCGUGAACGUUGGCGUAGUUUCAUCACCUAUCGCCUUCCUAUGAAGACAUGGCGUUCAAAAUGUUCGAAGCUGGCGUGAUCAUUGGGUUUUACAGUUACAUAUGCUUUUUCUGGAACCAAGAGUCAAUAAAUGAAACACACCACUUUAAAACUCUAGGCUUUACGGUUUGUUUAAUGCUUCUUCUGUCCCUUCAUCAAAUUGUCCCAGUCAUUCAUAGAAAGGCUGCAGAGACAACAGGGGCCUCCAAACAGCCACAGAUUUACAGAAGUAAGAGUGAUCCAGGACUAUGGUGUAGCUUACUAAUACCACUAGCUUUCACAACAAACUCUUUUUUACAAAAAGAAGUUGAUAAUAUGCCAGUGAUGUUGGGCCUGGUGUCUGUGGUGUUAGUUUUAGUACAUUUUAAUCCAUCAACUAUCACUCAGUUAACUUGUGCUGGAUUGCUGUACUGGUUCAGGGAAGACUUUCUUUCUAAAGGAAGACCAGAACAAAUAGUGUUUGUUUUGUUAUGUGUUGUUGUUUACAUUCUGCUUGGUAAAAUACCAGCUACAUUUCCAAAGUCCUUCACCGAGGGAGAGUUAGCUGUUUGUUUGCAAACAUUGAUCAUCCCUCUAUAUCCCAUACUGGUUAUCUCAUACAAGGCAUUGAGGAGAGGUGUUCACAGCAUAAGUUUACCCACAAGUCUCUCUAUACCACUUUUAGCUUAUGUAGGAGUGUUGUCAGGGACUGUUUUUAUUUGUGUGAUCCGCAUCAAUAACAGUGGUCUGCGUUUUGUGUUGUCGUAUACUCUGGCAGCUGUAGCCGUAGUUUUGCCAAUUUUAGUCAAGUUAUUUGGUACACCACUCCCCUACAGAGCAAUAUUCCUGUUUCUAACUCAGUCUCAAACCAGGGUUUACCUUCUUUGUUGGUGGAGCAUCCUGGUACUCGUCAGUCUUGGCAUUGCUGUGAUAAACCAGAACAACAAAAUGUCCAAGAGCUGGUCAUCAAGUGUACGGAAAGCAUUCCACUUCCUGAUACUUAGUGUGUAUGUACCAGGAUUGAUAUACGAUGCACCCCUGUUGUUUGCAGCUUCAUGGGUGGCUCUGGGAUGCAUGAUUAUAGCAGAGACUCUGAGACUCUUGGAGGUCCCUUUCUUCGGUCCAUUCCUCCAUGACUGUUACUCUGUGUUUCUGGAUUCUCAGGAUGAAGGGAGGCUGGUUCUGACCCCUAUUUACCUUCUGUGUGGCCUCUCAUUCCCUCUCUGGAUCCACACAUACCAAUGGUGUGAUUUCAGCGAUGUCUUACCACUAUUUGCUGGAGUUUUGUCCGUUGGGGUCGGAGACACCAUGGCCUCUAUUGUUGGCAGUGCGGUUGGGAAGCAUAAGAUGUUUGGAAGUCAGAAGUCAGUUGAAGGGACUGCAGCUUCCAUUAUAUUCCAGCUCAUUUUUAUAUUCAUGUUGGGUCACUUCAUUCCAGGUGGGGUUUUACACAAUCAUUUUCUAUCCGUGGCUGGAAUCAUCUCAGUUACUUCCCUUCUUGAGGCCACCACAUCACAAAUAGACAAUCAUGUGCUUCCUUUGUUUAUGUAUAAUCUGUUGAUCACUCUGAAGUCAUGACAAAAACUUAAUUAAAAAUGAAAAACACAGGCUCAAUGUUAUUGUGCUGGUGAUUAUUUUAAGUCUAAUUCCAGGCAGCUCUAAUCAUGUGAAUGAUAGAGCAAUUGGUGCAGAGGGAUACCUGCAUAUUGUGCUGUGAUCAAAUACCAGAAAUAAAAUUGUUUAUGUUUGUUGAUAAUUAUACAUUUAUGUAACUUGAUGAGCUUCAAAUAUUAAAAUUUGCUCAGACAUUGA